GGGGGUUUCCGCAUUCGCUGUCAGUGCGAGCGCAACUUGGAAAGGGGACUGUCGCGUCUCUGAAGUAACCGUCUAAUCAUCCAUUCCCGGGUGACUACCCGUUAAACGGUUGAGGUCCACGAUGCCCUAUGUGCUCGUUAGUACUCAGAUCCGGCUGACGUGUAUAGCGGGAACAGAAAUGUUGGUGACCCACAACCCUGGCGUUGCAAGCGCCAUGCUCUACCAACUGAGCUACACGGGACUGCUUCUCACCAACUGCACCUUGCAGCCAUCACCUGCAUUGUGGGAGGCACUAUUUGUCAACACUCUUUGCACAAUUCUAAAGCUACAGGGGGAUACAAAGGAGACUGGGCCAACCAUGGUAGGAGAUGAAUACUCUGACCCAGCCAUAAUGAACUACCUGGGCGCCAGGAAAACCACCAUGCUGGGGAACAAUUUCUCGGAGUACCAUGUGGACGACUCUCCGCGGUUGGUGUUGGACAAGCUGGAGAAGAUUGGCUUCCGUGUGGUGACGAUGACGGGCGUGGGACAGACGCUGGUGUGGUGCAUGCACAAGGAGACAGACUGAGUUACCUGACUGGGGUUCAACACACUAAGAGUGUGUCCUCCUGGGCCACGGGCACAAGGUAGUGAUGGUAGUGUCCUCCGUCCAAUGAGGGGCCACAGGGACAAAACCUAUACUAUACAUAUUACAUUACAAAUCAAGGCGGAGGAUUCUAUACAUUAAUUCUGCUACUGUUCUCUCAGUAAUGUAAUGGUCCUUUCUACCUUCUAGGGGAGCAAAGUACAGAAUUUUAGAUAAGGAGCUAUUCUCAAGACCUUAAAUUAGUGCAUUUGUAUAAUGGCGCUACUUGUCAAAAAUCAUUUGUACUCCCGUUCAAACUCUCUCCAAUGUUUUGGAGCAGAUACCAAAUAGAUAUGUGAGUAGUGGCUUGUUCAUAAUCUAUCAUACCAAUGGGUUUACAGACUUCUGAGAAAUAGAGGACAAUCUCAAGAAAAGUACAUUCCAGAAAGAAUUUCAGCUCAAAUGUCCAAGAUUAAUUUUCCCUGAGUGUAGAGUAUAGUUCAUGUCAUUGCAACUUGUAACUAUCUGUAACUGAAUCUGAAUGUCAAGUGUGAGAUGAAUCAGUUUCAAAGUUUAUUUUACUUUGCCUUUAGGCCAAGCAAAUAUUUACCUUUUACUUUUACCAGCAUACAAACAUUCAUUUAUCCUGACUCCAACAGGGCACACAAUCUAUUCCAUUAGAUUAGAGCUAUUGAUGUAGUUUUCUUGUCAUUGGUGAUAUAAAUUAAUGAGAUGCAUGUGAGGAAAUUAUAAUAAAGGUGACUAUUAUUUGA